GGACAUCAUGAUCACACAUUUUGAUCCCUCCAUCUCCUAUGAGGGGCUGUGCAGUGAGGUGCGGGACAUGUGCUCCAUGGACAAUGACCAGCUCUUCACCAUGAAAUGGAUUGAUGAAGAAGAGUCCAUAUACCGUCGUGGAGCUCGACGCUGGAGAAAACUCUACUAUGCCAACGGACAUGCAUUUCAGGCCAAACGUUUUAACAGGCGUGCUCAUUGUGCCAUCUGCACAGAUCGUAUCUGGGGCCUGGGCAGGCAGGGAUACAAGUGCAUAAACUGUAAACUGUUGGUCCAUAAGAAAUGCCAUAAAUUGGUCAUAGUGGAGUGUGGUAGACAGGUAAUACAGGACCCGAUGAUUGGAAGAAUCGAUCCAGGGUCUACUCCAUCAGAGCACGCUGAUCAAGCAGACUAA